AUGACUUCUACCGUUGAACCCACGGAUUCCGCCGAGAAGCCUGUCCUCGAACCUAUCUCUACAUCUACCGAUUUCCAUUCAACAGAGGUUACAGAAAACCAAUCAAAAUCACAUAAUGCCAAGAAUAUUGGCACAACUACGCCUGAGGUUGAGGGAGAGGAGCAACAGAUGAUCGCGGCCGUAGAUGACUAUCCUACAACACCCGUAUCAGCAACAGAUCCUAAAUCCGAUUCCGUAUUACGGUUGACAGAAACCCCAGAGACCAAGACAGAAGAGGCGCCACUACCCCCAUCUUCAUCAGUAGAACCGUCACCCUUCAUAAGCUCGAAGGAAGCUCAAGAGAAGGCUCUUCCGGAAGAAACUGCCUUGGAAAAGGUAGAGGUAGAAGAGGAUCAGAAGUCACAACAAGAGACAACAGGGUCAUCAGUCGAACUUGGAGAUGAGCCUUCUAGAAAUAAAGGGCAGAAUGAAGGAGAGCCAGAAACCCGGACGCCAUUAGAAACAACAGAUCAGCCACAAACUGAGGGACCCCCAAAAACAGAGGUGCAGGGAGAGCCACUUUCAGUUGAUGCUAAAUCUGUGAGUCUCGACGUCGAUACACGGGAACACAGCGAGAAGGAUAUUCCGGAAGUGGUCGUGGAGUUGACCGCUGAAAAUCAACCAAGCCAUGGUGACGACCUUGGGCCAGAUUCUACACCAGGACAGAAGGAUGCAUUUGAGAAGCGCAAAGCUGAUGCCGAACCCGAUGUGCUUCUUGUCGUUGAAGAACCUUCAAAUCCUAAAGUUAUUCCAAACGAAGAUAACGCCGUCGAGUCGACAGAAGCAGAGAAGAAGGGCGAGCUUCCCACUACAGAAGAAGAAGAACGAAAAAGGCAGGCGGAGGUCGAAAAAGUUACUGCUGCUGAGGUAGCCCGCAUCAAGGCUGAAGAGGAGGCAGAAGCCGAACGCCUGCGGUUCGUCGAAGAGGAAAAUGAGCGCGAAAGACUUGCGGCGAUCGAAGCCGCCCGGGUUAAGGCGGAAGAGGAGGAGGAGGCAGCUCGAAUUAAGGCCGUAGAGGAGGAAGCCGCUCGCGUGAAAGCCGAACAGGAGGCUGAAGCUGCCAGGGUCAAAGCCGAGGAGGAGGAAGCCGCCCGCGUUAAGGCUCAGGAGGAAGAAGCCGCCCGCGUCAAGGCCGAAGAAGAGGAAGCUGCCCGUAUCAAGGCCGAAGAAGAGGAAGCCGCCCGCAUCAAAGCCGAAGAAGAGGAAGCAGCUCGUCUCAAAGCAGAACAGGAGGCUGAAGCUGCCCGUAUCAAGGCCGAAGAAGAGGAAGCCGCCCGCAUCAAGGCCGAAGAAGAAGAAGUUGCCCGGAUCAAGGCCGAAGAAGAGGAGGCCGCCCGCAUCAAAGCAGAGCAGGAGGCCGAAGCCGCCCGCAUCAAGGCUGAGGAGGAGGCAGCUCGUCUCAAAGCAGAACAGGAGGCCGAAGCUGCCCGCAUCAAGGCCGAAGAAGAGGAAGCAGCUCGUCUCAAAGCAGAACAGGAGGCUGAAGCUGCCCGGAUCAAGGCCGAAGAAGAGGAGGCCGCCCGCAUUAAAGCAGAGCAGGAGGCCGAAGCCGCCCGCAUCAAGGCUGAGGAGGAGGCAGCUCGUCUCAAAGCAGAACAGGAGGCCGAAGCUGCCCGCAUCAAGGCCGAAGAAGAGGAAGCAGCUCGUCUCAAAGCAGAGCAGGAGGCUGAAGCUGCCCGUAUCAAGGCCGAAGAAGAGGAAGCCGCCCGCAUCAAAGCAGAGCAGGAGGCCGAAGCCGCCCGCAUCAAGGCUGAGGAGGAAGCCGCCCGCAUCAAAGCAGAGCAGGAGGCCGAAGCCGCCCGCAUCAAGGCUGAGGAGGAAGCCGCCCGCAUUAAAGCAGAGCAGGAGGCCGAAGCCGCCCGCAUCAAGGCUGAGGAGGAGGCAGCUCGUCUCAAAGCAGAACAGGAGGCUGAAGCUGCCCGUAUCAAGGCCGAAGAAGAGGAGGCAGCCCGCAUCAAGGCCGAAGAAGAGGAAGCAGCUCGUCUCAAAGCCGAAGAAGAGGAGGCCACCCGCAUCAAAGCAGAGCAGGAAGCCGAAGCCGCCCGCCUCAAGGCCGAAGAAGAGGAGGCAGCCCGUCUGAAAGCGGAACAGGAAGCCGAGGCCGCUCGGAUUAAGGCCGAGGAGGAAGAAGCUGCUCGGAUCAAGGCUGAGGAAGAAGAGGCAGCCCGUAUCAAGGCAGAGGAAGAAGCUGCCCGUAUCAAAGCGGAACAGGAAGCCGAAGCCGCUCGCAUUAAGGCCGAGGAGGAAGAAGCUGCCCGUAUCAAGGCCGAGCAGGAGGAAGCUGCCCGAAUUAAGGCCGAAGAAGAGGAAGCUGCCCGAAUCAAGGCCGAGCAGGAAGCUGCCCGAAUCAAGGCCGAGCAGGAAGCCGCCCGCAUCAAGGCCGAGCAGGAAGCCGCCCGCGUUAAGGCUGAGGAGGAGGAAGCCGCCCGCAUCAAGGCCGAAGAAGAGGAAGCUGCCCGAAUCAAGGCCGAAGAAGAAGCUGCCCGUAUCAAGGCCGAAGAGGAAGCCGCCCGAAUCAAGGCCGAGCAGGAGGAAGCUGCCCGUAUCAAGGCCGAAGAAGAGGCGCGCAUAAAGGCAGAGCAGGAGGCUGAAGCGGCCCGUAUCAAGGCUGAGGAGGAAGAGGCAGCCCGUCUCAAAGCGGAGCAGGAAGCUGAAGCGGCUCGCAUCAAGGCCGAAGAGGAAGAGGCAGCCAGAAUCAAAGCUGAACAGGAAGCCGCCCGCAUCAAGGCCGAGGAGGAAGAGGCGGCCCGCAUCAAAGCAGAACAGGAGGCUGAAGCAGCUCGAAUCAAAGCUGAGGAGGAGGAAGCAGCUCGUCUCAAAGCAGAGCAGGAGGCUGAAGCCGCCCGUAUCAAGGCCGAGGAAGAAGAGGCAGCUCGCAUCAAAGCCGAAGAGGAAGAAGCGGCCCGUCUCAAAGCGGAGCAGGAAGCUGAAGCAGCCCGCAUCAAGGCUGAGGAAGAGGAGGCAGCCAGAAUUAAAGCCGAGGAGGAAGCCGCGCGAAUCAAAGCAGAAGAAGAGGCUGAAGAGGCUCGUCGCAAAGCAGAAGAAGAGGCGGCUAGAAUCAAGGCCGAAGAAGAGGAAGCUGCGCGCAUCAAGGCCGAGGAGGAAGCUGCUCGUCUCAAAGCAGAACAGGAAGCCGAAGCCGCUCGAAUCAAAGCCGAGGAGGAGGAGGCAGCCCGCGUCAAAGCAGAGGAGGAAGCAGCCCGCAUUAAGGCCGAAGAGGAAGAGGCAGCCCGCGUCAAAGCAGAGGAAGAAGCGGCCAGAAUCAAGGCAGAGCAGGAAGCAGAAGCAGCUCGUAUAAAGGCAGAGGAGGAAGCCGAAGCAGCCCGCAUCAAAGCCGAAGAGGAAGAGGCAGCUCGCAUCAAGGCCGAAGAGGAAGAGGCAGCCAGAAUCAAAGCUGAACAGGAAGCUGAGGAAGCACGCAUCAAAGCCGAAGAGGAGGAACGUGAGAGGCUUGCUGCCGCCGAAGCUGCUAGGAUCAAAGCUGAAGAGGAGGAAGCCGCCCGCGUCAAGGCUGAGCAGGAAGCCGAAGCCGCCCGCCUUAAGGCCGAGGAAGAGGCAGAGGCUGCUAGGAUCAAAGCUGAAGAGGAAGCUGAAGCCGCUCGUGUUAAAGCAGAGGCUGAAGCAGCAGCUGAAGCCGAGCGCCUGCGACUUAUCGAAGAGGAGCAGGAGCGAGAGAGACUUGCUGCAAUUGAAGCCGCCAGGAUCAAAGCUGAAGAAGAAGAAGCUGCCCGUAUCAAGGCCGAAGAGGAAGCCGAAGCAGCCCGCCUCAAAGCAGAGGAAGAAGCAGCCAAAAUCAAGGCCGAACAGGAAGCUGAAGAAGCACGCCUAAAGGCUGAGGAGGAAGAGCGCGAGAGGCUUGCUGCCGCCGAAGCAGCCCGUAUCAAGGCUGAAGAAGAAGCCGAAGCCGAACGCCUGAGACUUAUUGCGGAAGAGGAAGAACGCGAGAGACUUGCCGCUAUCGAAGCUGCUAGGAUCAAAGCCGAAGAAGAAGAAGCUGCCCGAAUUAAGGCCGAAGAAGAGGCAGAGGCUGCCAAGAUCAAAGCUGAGGAGGAAGAAGCUGAAGCAGCUCGCGUCAAAGCAGAAGCAGAAGCUGAAGCCGAACGCCUGCGACUUAUCGAAGAGGAGCAGGAGCGCGAGAGACUUGCCGCUAUCGAAGCUGCUAGAAUCAAGGCGGAGGAAGAGGAGGCUGCUCGCGUUAAAGCAGAACAGGAAGCUGAAGCCGCUCGUGCUAAAGCAGAGGCAGAGGCAGAAGCAGCAACUGAAGCCGAACGGCUGCGACUUAUCGAAGAAGAGCAGGAGCGCGAGAGACUUGCUGUCAUCGAAGCUGCGAGAGUUAAGGCCGAAGAAGAGGCAGAGGCUGUCAGGAUCAAAGCUGAGGAGGAAGCUGAAGCUACUCGCGUCAAAGCAGCAGCCGAAGCCGAAGUCGAACGCCUACGACUUAUCGAAGAGGAACAGGAGCGCGAGAGAAUCGCUGCUAUAGAGGCGGCCCGCAUUCAGGCCGAGGAAGAGGAGGCUGAACGUCUUCGACUUAUGCAAGAGGAAGAGGAACAGGAACGACAGGCAGAAGCCGAAAAGCUCGCCGCCGCUGAGGCUUCACGAAUUCAGAUGGAGGAGGCAGCACAGGCCGGACGUAUCAAGGCUAUUAUUGAAGAAAACGUUGCUGAGGAAGCUUCUAAUAUUGAGCACGACAAGAAAACGAUCACUGAAAAUGAUCAAGGCAAAAAUGUUGAAACAAAAGUGGUCGAGCCAGGUAUAUUUGUCGACAAAUCGAGUGGAGAAACCAUUAUCCCCGAGGAUUCUGAUUCGAACGCUGGUCUCAUCGCUGCUUCUGUGCUUGCGGGCGGUGCUGCUCUUGGUGGCGGUGCUGCAAUCAUUGCUCUUGCUUCCAAAGACAAGCCAUCUUCAGAGACCGAUACCACAGUACCUAUUGAUGGUGGUAAGCAAGGAGCGUUGGCUCAAGAUGACGAGGAGGUGAUCAUCGAACCGGCUCCUCAGGCUGGUACAGGGCCAGUUCAUGGAAUUAUCAUUCCAGAAUCGAGCGUCAAGCAAGCAGUGAAGGAUGCGGAUACCCCAGUGGCUCCAGCGAUUGUCAUUUCAUCUCCUCCAACUUCACCCACUGUAGAAACGCAUCAAGAUGCAGAUGAUCGUACUGUAGAGCUUAUUAAGCCUACCCCCGGCGUUUCAAUUGACACGCCGACGGCCAGCACAAGUGAGCGAGAAUCAGAAAACACCCCCGAAGGUGUUAGGCAAAGGCUUGCCGAAUCCAACGCACGUAGCCGGCCCGGCAGCAGUGGCAAUGAUACACUCUCAACGAAGCAUCAACGGAACGUUAUGCAAGCGUUCUGGAAUAUGAUGCUUUUCGGGUGGCUUGGUAGCCUUGGUGAUUUAUUCGGGUUUGGAAGACAGAAGAAACAAAAGUCUAGCAAGGCGACGACUAAGGCGACGACUUCUUGA